GACUGCCCUGUUUUCGAGAACUUGUUCGAGUUCUGUCAAAUUUAUGCUGGUGGCACAAUAGAUGCUGCCCGAAGAUUGAAUCAUCAACUCUGUGACAUUGCUAUAAACUGGGCUGGUGGUUUACACCAUGCUAAGAAGUGUGAGGCAUCUGGCUUUUGCUAUAUCAAUGACUUGGUCCUGGGCAUUUUGGAGCUUCUAAAGUACCAUGCAAGAGUUCUCUACAUUGAUAUAGAUGUUCAUCAUGGAGAUGGAGUUGAAGAAGCUUUUUAUUUCACAGACAGGGUGAUGACCGUAAGUUUUCACAAGUACGGAGAUAUGUUCUUCCCUGGAACAGGCAAUGUUAAGGACAUAGGUGAAAGGGAAGGAAAGUAUUACGCCAUCAAUGUCCCUCUCAAGGAUGGAAUUGACGAUGCUAGCUUUACUCGACUUUUUAAAACGAUAAUUGCUAAGGUUGUUGAAACAUAUCUACCGGGUGUUAUUGUUCUUCAAUGUGGAGCUGAUUCAUUGGCUGGUGAUCGCUUAGGGUGUUUCAAUCUCUCCAUUGAAGGGCACUCUGAAUGUGUGAAGUUCGUGAAGAAAUUUAACUUGCCUCUAUUGGUAACUGGGGGUGGAGGAUACACCAAAGAAAAUGUGGCUCGCUGUUGGACGGUUGAAACUGGGGUUCUCUUAGACACCGAACUUUCAAAUGAAAUUCCAGAGAAUGAGUAUAGCGAAUAUUUUUCCCCGGAUUAUUCUCUAAAGAUCCAGAAUGCAAAUAUGGAAAAUUUGAAUAGCAAGACAUAUCUAAGUUCAAUCAAAGUGCAAGUUCUGGAAAGUCUACGGUGCAUACAGCAUGCUCCUGGAGUUCAGAUGCAAGAGGCGAGUUCUCCAGAUUUUUAUAUCCCAUUUUGACGAAGAUGAGAGAAUCCUGAUGAACGUGUUGAUCAGCACACACAAGACAGAAAAAUUCAGAGAGAAGAUGAGUACUAUGAUGGCGACAAUGAUAAUGAUCGUGACAUGGAGAUGGCUACUGUUUGGACUCAAAGCAGGUUUGCUGCCACCACAGUUGGUUUUCUCCGUACCUACAGAGCCCACAGGGUAUUAGGUGCUGAAGCAGGUUCCGGUUUCACUUUCUUCUUGACACAGGUCUUGUUCCGAAUCACUGGCUUUACCAGAUGUGGACUUGCAAUAGACUUGCUUGGGCCAACCACUGCCCGGGAACUAGCAACAGAAGUUUCCGAAACAGCUUUUCCUUUCUUUUCAGUUUUUACUUCAACAAAUGGAAUGAUGCUUGUUUUUGUUGAUGUAUUACUGAUGAUGUCUUGGAUUCUGACCUUUGAGACCUUGGUGGAGGUAGAAGGUGCAGAAUGAAAAGAAUUAGCUGUACUUUGAUGGUCCGAUCCCAAAUUGUGCAGUUGACUUGAUUCGAUUGUCCUUUUAGAAGUAUUAUUUGUAGCUUUUUCAGGCA